AUGGUAUGUCCGAGUGACUUGCAUUUGCUAGAGCAGCGCUUAAAAGUGCAGUUUGUUGUCUUACUGGGGAAUGAUCCUCAGGUAUGUUGGCCUUAUGGGUCGUGAUUUGCAUGACUCGAUAGCUUAUACAGAGGGAAUCAAAUUUUCCGUUGAUCAUUUUUGCAAAACUUUUCAACAUUUUGUGAGCAGCUUUUAAUUUAACGAGAAUAGAGUAAGAUAGGCUGGUCGAACAGGCGCCUGAAAUCGCCUGUUCGACCAGUCUAGAGUAAGAGAUUAUUCAGGUGGUGCUCAUGGUUCUACAAGUCCCAAAAAAUCUCAAAAAGCCCAGCCAGUGUGCUUUUGAACUUUCAAAGUUCUUUAAUGAUAUGUGCUUACUAUUAGAUCAGUGUGACCUCACACACUCAUUUUGUACUAAAAAUCUGUUUGAUCCCCCUUUUCAAUUGAUAAAAGCAAAUUUGUUCAGCACCAAAUCGUGUCGCACCGCGUGCCGGCCACACGAAUCUCCACUUUCGUCGUCGUUCUCAUCUCGUUCCUUCUGGUCCUCGUCAUAUUUUCCACGUGCGUCAUGUGCAUCAGUUACAUCCGGCGGAAGCUCAAGAAACGGGAAAGUGUAAGUACUGCAACCGAGUCGUUUAUUUUUUCCGCAAAAAAAACUGUUGCAGAGCCCUUUGCUUUGCCGGAGUGAAACAUCGGAAACUUUGAUCGAAUCGACGUUGAUCAACAGUGAUGCACCGACCAUGUACAGUGCAAUCGAUGUCUGA